UCCCCCAGAACUGCAAGACGCCGAUAUUGCGUUACAUUGUAGCAAAAUGGCGGCUGUCAUUCAGAAUCCACUAAAAGCGUUGGGCGACCAAUUCUAUAAGGAGGCCAUUGAGCAGUGCCGCAGCUACAAUGCCCGCCUGUGUGCUGAACGCAGCGUCCGCCUGCCAUUCCUGGACUCACAAACCGGCGUGGCCCAGAACAACUGCUACAUCUGGAUGGAACGGCACCACCGCAGCCCCGGGGUUGGAGCUGGGCAGAUGUACACAUACCCUGCCCGCUGCUGGAGAAAGAAAAGACGGCUGCACAACACCACAGAUCCCCGCCUGGGCAUCUACGGUCUCCAGCUAGAUGGCGGCCUCAUGUCCAAGGACAGCUUGCCCACCCAGAGCACCACGCUGGAGGCGCUACUGCGAGGAGAGGGUCUUGAAAAGAGGAAUAACUCUAAGAAUGACGAGGAGAGCCUGCUGGAGAUCCAGAGGGUUUUGGAAGCUGACGCAGCAGAAGAUGCUUUCAACGAUGAUGAUGACUUUGAGGUAGACACUCCCAAGAGGAGACAUCGGGGAAAAGGAAGAGGUCGAGGUUCAGGCCGUAAGAAGACUGACCUGGAUGAUGAUAAGCCAUACGUCUGUGACAACAGAUACAAACAAAAGCCGAACUCAAAAUCUUCGACCUCAGUCUGUGCAAAGCGCUACAGGAACCGUACAGGACUAAGCUACCACUACACCCAUUCCCACCUGGCAGAGGACCAGCGGGCCGGAGGGAGGAGCUCCGUGGCAACCAGACCCCCGUCUGUACAGCAGACUGACAGACACAAACGUCCAAAGGGUCCAGGUGGGACCAGCAUUCCCAACAACUACUGUACUAAAUGCCAGGGCUCGGUCAAGAAAACGGGUAAAACGGGGUCUCCCUUCUCGACCUGUCGAUGCACAACUGACUGUGGAGAAGAGAAAGACGACGGGACCUUUGCUGGAGCAGAGGAGCUGUUUGGCACCACCUCUGAGAGCGACACCUCCACCUUUCACGGCUUUGAGGACGAUGAGCUGGAAGAGCCCGGCACAAACGGCAACGGAAUAACUAACCGUCACAGAUAGAGAAAACCUUUUAGAUUUAAAGACUUUUUUUCUUUUUAUAAGGAUUAACCUCUGGCAAAAAUCUGCUGCUUCUUUUUCGAUGUUUUUUUUUUUUUUUUUUUUGUUCGUGUUUGCGGAAAGCACAAAGUGAUCAUUUCAGGACAGAAAUACAAGUGGUAUUUUAUCUACUGAACAUUGUUGAAUAAUUUAUGAACACCUUUUUAUAUAUAAAUAUAUAUAUUAACUUUAAAGGCUAUGAACGACUGUCAGUGUUUUUGACAGGUGACUUGGUCUCCAUGCAAAACAGAAGAUGAAGAUGUUUUUGGAGUGUUUUUUUUCCUCCUCCACUGGAGCAGAAGGAGCAUAAACUAUUUGAACAAAAAACACUGGAGAAAUCUGAACAUUUGCAAACUUAAAAUACAUUGGUGUUAAAUCAUCUCCCAAAAAGUGUAUUUGGGAGCUGAUUGAAUGUCAUUUUAGACUCCUACGUAAGCUACUGGAUGUUUUUGAAUCAGUAGUCGCUGUGACGAUGAAGGUCUUUUUUUUUUUUUUUUUCUGCUCUAACUCUGGAUUAAACUUGUAUGAAAAUGAAGGAUCUUAUGAAUGGACUUCCAAAGCCACUGGAAAAUGUUUGGAGAUGAAGAAUCACGUAGAUUAAGUCUUUACAGAUAUAUUUAAAUUAAAGAAGCACUCAGCACAUUGGCAUGUGGCCCAGCAGUGGGGGUGACAAGUGAAGAAGAGGAUUUUUAUCUCUCAAAACUAAUGAGCCUUCAUGUCCCUCCUGAUUUUGGCCUAAAAUAACGGACUGAAACUGAUGAAUGCACAUCCAGCAGUUCUUCAGGCCAUCAGGCUUAAUCGAAGCAAAAGCUCCCCUGAUGAUUUGUAUUGAUCCCUUCAGAACAUUUGAAAUGUGAGUACAUCCAGCUUCAUUUCAUCCUCCCUGCACUGUGCUGGAGCUCCACUGGACUAUGGGAACACUAAAGGCCAGGCCUUUGGGCUGUUUGUGCCCAUUGGGUGCAUUUGGGGCCCAGUCUGCCUGCUCCCGCUCUGUGACUGUAUGUGCUGUGUGAUCCGAUGUGACACUAAGACGUCAUUAUCCUCAUCACUGUGCCAGCCUGCUUCUCUGCACUGGAAACCAGCUCUGACAGCCAUGACCCUCCAACCUGAUUGGACCAGUGACCCCCCCUGACCCCUCAGCCAUAGAGAUGGUGCUCAAAUCCACCAAUAUUACUUGCAGACCUCUGCACUACUCUGACGCAAAGGUUUUAUCUCUGCUUCUGUCCCUACGUCUGCUUCUCUCUUCUUCGAAUGAGUCGCAGUAAUAUAGCUCAUUUUUUUUUGCAUCUUUUCUCUGUUGUAAAAUAUUUCUAUGUUUGAACUCUGUUUGAUUAAUACGACUCCUUGGGUUUGUUCAGACUGAAUCGAUACCUCUGUCCUGAUCAGGUGCACAAAAGCCACAACUACUCAGGCAUCUUUCAUUUCCUCUGCUGUUGAUUGUUCAGCCCUGAUUCAACUGAUUGUAUUCAGUUUGCACAGAGGGACAAUGACGCCACACAAGGAUCCAAUCGUAAUCAACUCCCAGGAGGAGGUCGGGAUUCUGCUGUCUCAUGCUUUCGGGAAAACCUUGCAAUAACAAGCUUCAUCUGUGUCAUACUCCGGUGUCUUACUCAUAAUGCUAAACCUCUCCUCUCUCUUUGAAAUCAACUGUGUUUGUAGAUCGUGAAUAGUGAGAAUCAUCUCUGAUAAACACUUAGUAAAAAGCGAAAAACUGUAAGUUCAUGUUCUGUGUGACAUUUCCGCUGAGUGCUUUCGAGGGCCUGAUUGCUUUAUGACAUUUAGAAGGUGCUUGAAGUUCUUUUAUCAAAAAAGCCUUUUAGGUCCACAGGUUGCUGAUACUGUGUAAGAGGUUUGUGUCCUUCAGUGUGAAUAUUCAGUAUUGCUGCAAUGUAAUAACUACCGCUCUGUUUUUUGAAGCUAACCAUUAAUCCUAUGUGUGUAUAUAUGACUUGUUGCAUUCAAACCAUAUUUCUUCACUUCCCUCAGGGACCCUUGUCCACACAGCAGUUUAUCUCCUCUGGGUGAAGAAUGGAUCUGAGACUUCUCUAUUACCUGGUCUUCUCUUGUGUCAGAUAUGCAGUGUCUCUGCAGUGAAAUGGGUCAUUGUGUCUUUAAAUCUUCCAAAGUCAUGCCUGAAAGUGAAAGCAUGUGUCAUCACUCUUUACUUGCUUAAUGUUACCUAUACCUGCUGUUUAUGAACAGGUGGUGCAGCUCUGAACAAAAGGAGAAGGUCCUCAAUGCAAAAGUUAGCGAUGUCUGCUUCAAGUAGCCUAAUGUGUCACCAAUCAUUGAAUAGCCUGUAUACCUCGUCAAAGACAGCAAUAGGCCAUGGUACUCUCCUGUCAAGCCUGCAGGGGGGGGGGUGGAGAGGGACGAUCAGGGUGGGAUCGGAGCCAAGAGGAGAUGAAAUGGACUUGACUGGGCGUUUUGUUUCAUCUUCAGCUGUAAAUAUGAGGGGAAAUGGAGAGAAUAAAGAAGUGUUUGUUUGUUAAACUAUUUUUAUUGUUCUGAAAAAAAUAAAGCUUAAAAAAAGAA